CCAAGUUGUGUGAGGAAAACAAAAAUGGGUUCGAAGGCAAUUCUCUUCCUAUGCCUUUUGGCAGUAGUUCUGAUGAUUGCUUCAGAGGUGACAGCCAGGGAUUUGGCCGAAAAUGCCAAUGCUGCAGAGAAGAGUACUAAUGGCCUGGAAGAAUCCAAAUACCCUGGUGGUGGAUAUGGAGGGUACCCUGGAGGCGGAUAUGGGGGUUACCCUGGAGGUGGAUAUGGGGGUUACCCAGGUGGUGGUUAUGGUGGCGGCCGUGGUGGUUAUGGUGGCGGCCGUGGUGGUUAUGGUGGCGGCGGCCGUGGUGGCUAUGGUGGUGGCAGAUGCCACUAUGGUUGCUGUGGCCAAGGUUAUUAUGGCUGCAGGUGCUGCACAUAUGCUGGUGAGGCUGUGGAUGCUGAGCCAGAAACUGAACCGCAAAACUAAUAGCCAGGCCUUAUGCAUCAUGAUGCCUCAAUGCCUUUGGAGCAAAUUAAGAGGCUAUAAGUACUAAAACUAUGUACUGUGCUAUAAAAAUAAGAGCUUAAUCAGUGGUAUCCAUUCACCAUUAGAUGAAUUACUGAAUAUAAUGAUGUACUUUUUUCUACUUCAAUAGCAUGAAAGUGAAAUCUUAUGUGUGUUUCAA